AUGAAGGCCAACGACGAAAAGGGAGCGCUGUUGCCUCUGACGCCGUCGUCGACUGAUGUGCGGAAUGGUUGCAGCGUAGCAUGCAAGCUGAAGCGCUGCCUCGCGUUGGCCGCUUUCGCCGCUCUAGCGUGGUACCAUGUGUGCACGACGCGGAUCGCCCAAUACAGUGCGUUAUUUCAUGGCUCGAGCUCGAGCGGAUGGGGGAGGUUUCCGCGCCCCGAUGAUCCGUUCCAUUUGCUUCCGUGUACCAACGCGACGUUUGUUCCGCAACUUGAGGAUGCGCAUGCGCUCGAGACAUGGACGUCGCUCUACGACGACGAUCGCACGCACUGGUCUUAUGCCAACUCGUCGAGCGGCUCGCUCUACCUGUGCGGAUACCUCGAUGUUCCGCUCGACUACACCAACGCUUCCGACAAGCGCAUCGCUCGGUUGGCCAUCACUAGGCUACAGCACGCUCCGACACGCACUUCGCGCACACUGGUCGUCGAGCCGGGCGGACCGGGUGGAUCGGGCACGAAUUUGGUGUGGCGCAAAGCGCAGCUCUUGUCACACAUGUACACGAACGAUACCAUGGAUGUGCUUGGUUGGGAUCCCAGAGGUGUCAAUGCCUCGUUGCCGUCGAUCAGCUGCUUCCCGUACGAUGCGGAUCGCGACCGUUGGAGUCUGCUCACUUCCACGUACUACCGCGAGGCAAAUCCUCGCGAGUCGAUGAUGAAAGCAGACGCGAUCAACCAAGCCAUCUUGGACGCUUGUUAUCGCAAAUACGCCGAUGUGGGUCAGAUGAUGUCUACCGCAUUUGUCGCUCGCGAUCUCGACGAGAUCCGCAAAGCUCUCGGCCAUGCUCAUCUGGAUGGCUACUUUGUCAGUUACGGAACGGGCAUUGGUCAGACGUAUGUCAACAUGUUUCCUGAUCGCGUGGGCCGCCUCAUGCUCGACGGAACCGAAUACGUGCGCGAUCAGCGUCUUCUUGGUGGCUUUGGUUGGGCUGCGUUGGACAACAUCACAGCCGCGUUUCACGAUGGAUUCUUGGGAGAAUGUGUUGCUGCAGGAGCGGAACGCUGCGCGCUUGCACGGCCGCUCGGUCCGCCGCUUGAUGGCAACACCACCAGGCCACCUCGCUCGCGUACCGAGCUCAUCCAGACGAUGGACGAUCUGUUUGCAAGGCUUGUGCAACGACCGAUUCCCGGCUGGACGCCAGCGUCGGGCCCGCUGAUUAUCACCUACUCGCAGGUGAUUUCGAUCAUCUAUUCGGCACUGUACGAUAGUUCCACGUGGGACUCGCUCGCUACGGCGCUGUAUGAGCUGCUGCAGGGCAACUCGUCGCUCAUGUCGCGCUACGUGGAUUCGUGGGAGUACGAUCCUUGGCAACCGAGCGUGUCGCGUGCCACGCAGUCGUCGGACGAGCUAGCAAUGCUGGUCAUCUGCUCGGACCAGUACGAUUCGGCGCUGCCGGACGGCUACGAGGUGGCGACCAACGGUGAGCAGUGGUAUCUGGAUCUUUGGAAGCAGAUGGUGUCCAAGUCGGAAAUCGGCGGCAACAGUCGGUUCUUGGACAUUCUGCCCUGUCGACACUGGAACGCUACGUUUGGCUCUCCCAAGGAGGUGUAUCGCGGAGACCUGAACCAUUCGCUCUCGAACCCAGUGCUGCUGAUCGCCGAGAGCUACGAUCCAGCGACGCCGCUGCGCAAUGGUCGAAGACUGCUCACUGAAAUGGGUCACCACAAUGCCAGGUUGAUCGCGCUCGACGCUUUCAGUCAUUCGUCCAGGGAUCUCAGCAAGUGUGCGAUCGACAUUAUGCGUUCCUACAUGCUCGACGGUAUCCUCCCACACUCAAACGAGACCAAGUGCAAAGCCGACAGAUCGCCAUACACGUCCACUGACACACCCCAAUCCACGCACGACAUGAUGCACCACUGGCACGCGCACAUGGCCGAGAUGCGGUCGCUCUCCCCGCGCCUCGGCCCGCGCCUCGCCAAGAGACGCAGUUGA